AUGAAGUGCCUAGGAGACCUAUUUCCUGAGCGAGACCUGAAUCAGCCAUUGAGCCAGACUGUCGAACGGCUGUGGAACUGCAUCAGCCUCAUGCUCCGUACUCUGUCUCUGCUGAACCUUGCUUAUCCUCUUGAAAUUUAUUCUUGGCUGGAUUCUCAUGGGAAACUGAUCAGGAAUACCCUCUCUCUUGAAAAGAGAGUGGUACCAACAAGGUGCAUGAGGCUUUCCAAGGGGUCAGGACACAGUCAGUGCCAUGGUCAGCAUCAAAGAUUGAAACCAAGUCGAAAGAAGGAGAAGCAGGAAGGAUCUCCAAAGACCUUGUCAUCCUUGCCCCCAUUUCAGCUGGACUCAAUGAAGAAGGACCCAGAGCAAGAUGCACGUCUGGGGAAGGCUAUUUCACAGCUUGCCACCACACUCUUCACUAUACAGAGAACUAUCCAAGAUGAAAAAUCCAGGCCUUCAUCUCCUCUUACUGAGAUGAUCUCCUCUCAGGAUUUUGAGAUGCAGGACUCCUUAAGCUCUCAGAGUGAUCUGCAUAACACUCAAAUUCGUAUGCAAGAAAUCACCAGUCGAUUGGAUGAACUCCAAGCUGCUCUCCUGGGAUUCCAGAGCUCUGAUUCUUCCCCCUCCUCUCUACUUAUGAGCUUAUCAUCACUGCAUGGCUACAUGCUGUCACACUUCGCUGAGAUUCAUUCUGAGUUGAAUUCUGGCAUCGAGAAGAAGGAAGAUGGAAGAGGACGACCGCGAACGUCACGCACCGAGGAGAACAUCACAAAAGUCCACGAAUGCAUUACUGAGGAUCCAUGUUGCUCAUUGGAGUCCAUCGAGAUGGAAACUGAUGGCAUACCAGCUACAAGGUACAAGUCCAAGGAACUGAAUACUCCAGCACAACUCCUCCGCUUUGUCGUAGCUGCCUUGGAGAUCGUCACCAUGAACUCUCAAUGA